GUCAGCUGAAGCAGCACUCGUCCUCUCCUCCUGAUCAGAGACAAACUGAACGUUUGUGCUGAGUGAUGGACAAGGCGAUGGAGAUGGCGGCCCUCGGCCGUCCUUUCAGCCUUGGGAUGCUGUAUGACUGCCGCCAUGAAAAAUUAAUCCCUGGCCUGACAUUGUGGGACCAUGACAGUCUGGUAAAAGGCAUACGAGAAAGACCUCAACAUUACAAUACUUUUGACAUUACAGCAUCAGAAUCAAUUGAGGGCAAAUCUUCAGCUCUAAAUGUAGAAGCAUCCCUGAAGGCAAGUUUCUGUAGUGGACUGGUAGAGGUUGCAGGAUCAGCCAAAUACCUGCGUGAUAAUAAGACAUCCAAAAAUCAAGCCAGAGUGACACUCAAAUAUGAAGUUACCACAAGGUUCCAGCAACUAUCAAUGGAUCAUCUUGGAAAAAGCAAUUUGAAGUAUCUAGAUGUUAUUGGUCAAGGAGGAGCAACACAUGCGGUCACAGCUAUUCUUUAUGGGGCACAAGCCUUUUUUGUCUUUGACCGAGAGGUGUCCAGUGAUGAAAAUCUGAGAGACAUUCAAGGCCACCUGAAGGUGAUGGUCAAGAAGAUUCCCAGUGUUCAGAUAGAUGCUGAAGGUUGCGUGAAAAUAGAAGACAAAGACUUCAAAAAAGUUGAGGAAUUCUCCUGCAAAUUCCACGGAGACUUUUUACUUGAAAAAACUCCUUCAACCUCUCAGGAUGCCAUACAAGUCUACCACAGUCUGCCAAAAUUACUGGGAGCCAACAGAGAAAAUGUUGUACCAGUGAAGGUCUGGCUGUUGCCACUGACGAGUUUAGAUCCUUCUGCUGCUAAACUCAUGCGUGAGAUAAGUGCUGUGUCUGUAGAAGAAGUCCAGGCUGUCCUGGAGGACUUCAGUGAGCUGGAAAUGAGGUGCAAUGAUAUACUGACAACCACAGCACAGCAGUUCUCACAGAUUGGCAAAAAGAUUAAAACCUUUAAAGAAGUGUGCUCUGGGUACAAGGUUGGAUUUCAGCGAAAGUUGGCCAAGAUGCUUCCAUCAAUCCGAGGAGGAGAAGAGAAAGAGGCUGUCCUCACAGAGAUCCUGAAGAAGAGACAUUCUUCUCCUUUCAACAGCAAAGACCUGAACGAGUGGAUUGACGAUAAAGAGAGAGAAAUCUACACAUUAAUGUCUUUCACCAACAUGAUGAAAAACACCAAGAUCGUUCCAUCUCAAAAUCACCUGUACAAAGAAACUCACAGUGCAGAGUAUGCAGCGUGUUUUGUUUUCACCUCACUGGAAUAUGCCGAACCCUUCCUCUCAGCUUUAUCAAACCACUUGAGACAAACACCCAAACUAGAAGAUACUAAAGAUCCACAUACUGAUGAUGUAGAGAGAGAACAAUGGUACACCUCAAAAGAACUAUCAGAUGAAAUAAGGCAUAAAGCAAAGCUCUUCAGUGACUUUGCAGAGGCCAACAAGGAGAACAAGAACAUUAAGUUCUUGACAGCUGGUUCAACAAAUGAGACACGGAAAGGUUCAAGCAUCUACCUUUAUAAAGACGGCUUUUCAGUCAGUGAGAACUUUGAGCCGCCUUCAAAGCCUGAAACAGUGACAGUCACUCAAACAAACCACAAGAGUGUGACACUGAAGAUUUCUCCACCAAAGUUUGGAGCAGAGAACAUCACCUCCUACUCUGUUGAGUACUGUGUCAGUGGAGGCGAUGGAUGGAAACAGAAGACAGCAUCAGAAGCUGAAGAAGUCACAGUGAGUGAUCUGAGUCCUAACACAGAGUACAUGUUCAGGUGCAGAGCAGUGACCUCAGCAGGUGUUGGACCAGCCAAUGAAGUCAGCAUAAAGACCACCAGUCUCGCCUGAGUAAGAGUUUUUGAUGUAAAGACAACUGGAUACAACAUCAUGGCAAGAACACGCUUUUCAUGAGUUUUACUUAAGUUUUACUUAAACCAUUAAAAUAUUUACCUUAGCUGUUAGGAGUAGAUGCUGUAGGGCAAACCAAUUAAAUAUUUUGUAAAUGAAUGUUCAAUUUAAACAUCUCUGUCAUUAUACUGGAACAAAAUGAAAUCCAAGAAUCACUUGGUCUCAUUCAUGAAAUGUUAGUAAAUCUGUGAGUAGAUCUGCACAUACAAAAAGUAUGUACACAAAAAACUGCAACAGCUACAGGAGGCUCCGCCCACUCACAUUGCUUGCAUCAUCAGAGAGACCCCUCUGUCAGGGGAGAUCGCGACAUGCCUCGACUGAAGCAGUCAACAGCAAACUCAGAAGGUACGGUGAGGUACGUGGUAUAUUAAGUGUUAAAUCGCGGUACAUUCUGACAGCCAUCACUGACUGCUGAGUGAUCGGUCAGUAACGUGGGUCUCACAGUCUCACCACUCAAACAGAAGAUACAUCAGUGGAGUUCUCGCUCCUGAUUGAAUCAAGUGGGAACGGGAUGAAAAAACCACAUGUUUUAAAUCAAUUUAAAUAACCCAUUCACAUUUUAAGAAACCUAAUCUGAGAGCCCGGUCUCACUUCGAAGUCGUCAAAUCUGGUGCUUGGGCAGUGAAAUGCAGCUUCAGAAACCAACGAAAAAGGUAUCCUUUAACGUCUGCAUGAUACGCAAGUAGUUGCCGUUAUAGUUUAAUGGCGCCUGGCGGCAUCAGGGGGAAAACGCAGCAGGACAAGGACAAAAGUUAAGGUUGUGAAAGUCUGAAUGGGGUGGGCAGAAGGGUCGGUGGAUGGGUCCAACAAACACUGACUUUGACCCAAGAGAGAAGUGUUCACGUCCGGUAAGAUUCAAAAGUCAAACACUGCUCUCUUUUACUAAACCAACCACGUGUUUUUGUUGUUGAAGGGAAAAAAAAACAUCAUUUCGCUGUGAUGUACCGAUGUAGUGCUUUUAUUUUGAAAGAGACUGUAUGUAAACUUUAAAUUUCCUGUGAAAACAGGAGUGUAUGUCAGGUUCUUGUUCACCAGUGAGGGUAGAAUGGAGUGUGAGAUGGAUCGACGGUUUGGUGCGGCUUCUGCAGUGAUGCGGGCGCUGCACCAGUCCAUCGUGGUGAAGAGGGAGCUGAGCUGAAAGGCAAAGCUUUCGAUUUCCUGGUCCAUCUCCGUCCCAACCCUCACCUAUGGUCAUGAGCUCUGGGUAGUGACCGAAAGAAUGAGAUCGCGGAUACAAGGGGUGGAAAUGACUUUCCUCUGUAGGGUGUCGGGGCUCAGCCUUAGAGAUAGGGGGAGGAGUCAGACAUCUGGAGGGAGCUCGGAGUAGAGCCGCUGCUCCUUUGCGUCGAAAGGGGUCAGUUCAGGUGGCUCGGGCAUCUGAUCAGGAUCCUCCUGGGCGCGUCCCGCUGGAGGUGUUUCGGGCAAGUCCCACUGGUAGGAGGCCCCGGGGCAGACCCAGAACACACUGGAGGGAUUACAUAUCUCAUCUGGCCUGGGAACGUGUCGGGGUCCUCCAGGGGAGCUUGAACGUGUUGCUGGGGAGAGGGAUGUCUGGGGUGCUUUGCUCAGCCUGCUGCCCCCACGACCCGGCCUCAGAUAAGUGGAUGAAAAUGGAUGGAUGGAUCUUGAAAGAAGACAAUGCAUGUAACACGCCCAGGACAUCAGCAACCAGCGUACCCAGGGUACCUUGCACGUCGUUUGUGGAUGCGUAAAAUCCAUGACCAAAAUGUCAAUAGGUGACGAGGUCAUUGUGAGAAUGUGUUGAAUCUGAAGGUUAAAUCUGCUAAAUGCCAACUCAUGUAGCUAAAUGUACUAUAUUUCCAGUCUCCUGUCAUGUUUAACUGACGCGUUUCAAAGGUGUCUUUGUGUUGUGAACGAAUUUGUGUGAACACUUUACACACAAAUUCGUUCUGCUCACGUUUCAUGAAUGAGACCCACUUUGCUGUAUUUGCUGUUGGAAAUCAGAAGUGCAUAAACAUAAUAUGUAGGUCAACAUCAAUGAUCGCUGUUACAAUCCACAGUUUUGAUUCACAUGUUGUUUAAUUCACAUGUUGUAUCUUGUUUAUUGAACAUGUGUAGCAAAAGAAAUGUAAACUGUGGUGUUCGCUGCAUUUCUUAAAUCCUGAACUCAUAGUGGGUUUGUUGGUUUGAGGUCUGCCCAAACUCUACUGUCAACUAAACACAACAAACAACAGGAUGGACUGGUGACGACCUUUUUAGCUGAUGACACACAGCUGGGAUUUUUCUUUUGAUGGGGCUCAGCGAGGAGUUUCCCCUGCUUCCUGUCUUUGUGCUAAACAAGGCUAAACAUGUCUGUUGAUAUCAUGCUGAGAGCCAAACCUCAGUCCACCGACAUUAUGAGGACCCGCCUCGGUUCUGGGGACUGAACAAGCUUUACAAUCUAGGGUUUAUACUAAAAGCUAAAAAUUCAAGUCUAUUAUUUUUGAACAAAUUGAAACUGCAUGAUCAUUUUAGAUUUGUUGUCAUUAAUCAGUUAAAUAGUGUAGACAGCUGUGUGUAUGUGUAAUCUCCUGUGUCUUGUAAUUGUCUGAAACCUCUUCAAUGUGUAUUAUAUAAUUUCUUCAGAUGUGUUCACGUAGAAAAUGUGUCUCCCUAAAAUGACACGUUGACUUUGGUUAGCUAAAGUAAAUGUUGCUUUGUGCUAAAGAGACACUUGAGCAUCAUUUUUGAAGAAAUACCUUUGUUUUACCUGUUACGUGUGAAUUUUUUUGCUAUUGUUUCCACUCUUAUGGACCAC